ACCUACUGGUCACAACCACCACAGCCUCACCUUGUACUGCCGGUCUCCGCCAGCGACCGACAGGUGCAGACACGAAACUCUCUCUUCCCCGUUCCCAUCCACACCCUAACUGUCCUCCAAAACCCCUAAAUCCCCGCCCCUUCUUCUGCCCCCUUUGCUAUCCUUAUCCCCGCCAUGGAUUCCGAUCCCGGUCCUCUUCCUCCCGAUGACGGCCUUUCCAAUCGAAACCCUAACCCUCCACCCGACCCCGAACCCAAGCCCCAGGAAUACACAGAAGAGGAACGACUAAGUUCUCUGACCCUGGAAGAUUCCGGCAAUGCCGCCGGCUCCCGGCCCCCUGCGAGCAACGGAUCUCUGUCCGCGGAUUUCUACUCCGGCGAUGAGAUCGAGGAAGAGGAGCCUGCGGCUGCUUCGGAUUCGGUGGAUGAGGUUGAGAGGGCUGCUGGAGACGCCCGGGCGUCGUCCUCACAUGGUGGCGUGGCUUGGAGGGAGAAUUCGGAGCAGGACGGGGACGCGCCCCCUAGCCCUAGCAGUAGCGGGUAUGCCGGAGAGAGGGGGAGCAGCGGGGAGAGUGGGGUCGAGGAGGUAGAUGAUGGAGGGGCUUCGCCGGAUGCCUGGAGCCAUGGAAAAGAGCAUCUUGAUGAGGAUGAUGCUUCAGUUUCAUGGAGAAAACGGAAGAAACACUUUUUUGUAUUAAGCCACUCUGGGAAACCAAUAUACUCAAGGUAUGGAGAUGAGCAUAAACUAGCAGGAUUCUCAGCUACCUUGCAAGCUAUCAUUUCUUUUGUGGAGAACAGUGGAGAUCGGGUCAAGUUUGUAAGAGCCGGAAACCAUCAGGUAGUUUUUCUUGUGAAAGGUCCGAUAUAUCUAGUUUGUAUAAGCUGUACUGAAGAGCCAUAUGGGGCAUUGAGGGGACAAUUAGAGCUCAUCUAUGGUCAGAUGCUGCUUAUCUUGACAAAGUCAGUUAAUAGAUGUUUUGAGAAAAAUCCAAAAUUUGAUAUGACUACCUUGCUGGGAGGAACAGAUGCUGUUUUCUCUUCUCUAAUUCAUUCCUUCAGCUGGAACCCCGCCACAUUUCUUCAUGCAUAUACAUGCCUUCCUCUUGCUUAUGCAACAAGACUAGCAACUGCUGCUAUUUUGCAAGAUGUUGCUGACUCGGGGGUUUUAUUUGCAAUAUUGAUGUGUAAGCAUAAGGUUGUCAGUAUUGUUGGAGCACAGAAGGCCUCUCUUCAUCCGGAUGACAUGCUCUUGCUUGCCAACUUUAUAUUGUCUUCUGAAUCAUUUAGGACUUCUGAAUCUUUCUCACCAAUCUGUUUACCAAGAUAUAAUCCAAUGGCAUUCCUAUAUGCUUAUGUCCAUUUUCUUGAUGAGGAUACAUAUUUGACAUUGCUUACUACCAGUUCAGAUGCCUUCUACCAUCUCAAAGACUGCAGGAUUCGCAUUGAGGCUGUGCUUGUGAAGUCAAAUGUUCUCUGUGAAGCUCAGAGAUCCAUGCUAGAUGGUGGUCUACGUGUUGAGGACCUGCCUGUUGAUUCUUCUAUCCGGUCUGGAUCUGUGUCUCCUCAUUUAGGUCUGGAUAAAACGGCAGCAGGAUCUUUGUCUUCUCGCGUGGGCACUGGUGGCCCAGCCGGACUAUGGCAUUUCAUAUAUAAGAGUGUAUACCUUGACCAGUACGUAUCGUCAGAGUUCUCCCCCCCCCUAAACAACUCUAAUCAACAGAAAAGAUUGUAUAGGGCUUAUCAAAAGUUAUAUGCUUCCAUGCACGACAAGGGAACUGGUCCAAACAAAACACAAUUCAGAAGGGAUGAAAAUUAUGUUCUACUGUGCUGGAUCACUCAAGAUUUUGAACUUUAUGCAGCAUUUGAUCCGCUUGCAGACAAGGCUCUGGCAAUAAAGGUGUGCAACAGAGUUUGUCAAUGGGUAAGGGAUUUGGAAAACGAGAUAUUUUUGCUGGGAGCGAGCCCCUUUUCCUGGUGAUUUUUCGGACCAUGUAGUUGUAUUCAUUUUGUAAAACUUUCGGACUUCAAUUUUUUCCAUGCCAACAUGAAUUCUUACAUCAUCAUUGGUCAGUAUACAAAAAUGAGAGUUGCUCCUGUCAUUUUUUCAGUUGUAACAAAACUGUAUACCAACGUUUGGAAAUUACACAACGUGUUUGAAUAAAUGUGUUUUUCCAAUUUUCCACGGCAAA